CUCUUUGCUUCCACCUUUAUUCUAACCUAAUAUUGCACCAGCGCAGCGAAAAAGAACAAGCCGACUGUGGGUGACUCGCAAAACUGAUUCUUCAGCCCUAAUUUAACCUCAAAUCUGAAAUUGUGGGUUAAAGUUGAGUGUUGCUAGAAUUAUUUAGAAAAUAAAUAAGUAAAAUGCCGGAGAGUGUCAAACCAGAUGUAAAACCGGUCAAAGAAGUGAAGAAUGGGAAAGAAGAUGAUAAAAAUGAAUUGUCAGAAGAAGAUAAGCUUUUGCAGGAGGAAUUAACUUUACUUGUCGAACGUCUACAAGAUACCAAUACCAAACUACAUUAUCCUGCCUUAGAAUCUUUACGUUCACAUAUUCGCGCAUCAACAACAUCAAUGACGAGUGUUCCAAAGCCACUGAAAUUUAUGCGACCUCACUAUGAUACCAUGAAGAACAUACAUGACAAGAUGACCAAUGUCAAAUGUAAGGAAUUAUGUUCGGACAUCAUUUCAGUUUUAGCAAUGACUAUGGGUGAGGGUAGAGAAUGCUUGAAAUAUAGACUCAUAGGCUCUGCACUGGCGAUUGGUGAAUGGGGACAUGAAUAUGUCAGACACUUGUCAGGUGAACUGGCAGGAGAAUGGGACGAGGUAACGGGCGACAACGUCGAAGCUACAAAUAAGAAGUUGAUUGCUCUGGUACAUGAGAUUGUACCUUACAAUAUGGCACACAACGCAGAAACUGAGGCAUGCGAUCUCCUGAUGGAGAUAGAGAGAUUGGACUUGCUGGAGCAGUAUGUUGAUGAAAGCGCAUAUCAGCGAGUAUGCCUUUAUCUUACAAGCUGCGUAUCGUAUGUAGCUGACCCAGAGAACAGCACUCUUCUUCAUGUCGCCUGCAAGUUGUAUCGAAAAUUUGGGCAGUAUCCGCAAGCUAUCAGACUGGCAAUGCAACUCAACGAUUUGCCACUCAUCGAAUCAAUCUUCACAAACUGUCGAGAUCUUUCUAUACAAAAGCAACUGGCUUUCAUGUUGGGUCGCCAGCAAAUUUUCUUGGAAUUACAUGAAGCUACGAUAGAGGAUGAUGAUCUUUUCGAGAUAAUGUCCAACUCUCAUUUAAACAAUCACUUCCUGAACUUGGCACGUGAAUUGGACAUAAUGGAGCCAAAAACACCCGAGGAUGUCUACAAAUCUCAUCUGGAAAAUUCACGACCACCGUUUGGUGGCGGCCAGGUUGAUUCAGCGCGGCAGAAUCUUGCGGCAAGUUUUGUCAAUGGUUUCGUAAACGCUGCGUUUGGCCACGACAAGUUACUAAUUGAGGAUGGUAACAAGUGGCUGUAUAAAAACAAAGAGCACGGUAUGUUAAGUGCGACUGCAUCACUAGGUCUGAUCCUAUUGUGGGACGUCGAUGGUGGUUUGACGCCGAUCGAUAAAUAUCUGUAUUCGUCAGAGGAUUAUAUCAAGUCCGGCGCCUUAUUAGCUUGCGGAAUCGUCAAUUGUGGCGUAAGAAACGAAUGCGAUCCCGCUCUGGCUCUGCUUUCCGAUUACGUAUUACACAACAGCAACACUAUGCGUAUCGGCGCCAUCGUUGGCCUCGGUAUUGCGUAUGCCGGUUCGAACAGAGAAGGCGUGCUAGGUUUGCUUACACCUGUCCUCAGCGAUACCAAGUCAAGCUGGGAAGUAUUGGGUAUGACUGGUUUGGCAUUGGGAAUGGUCGCCGCUGGUUCUUGCAACGCUUAUGUCACCACGGCGAUUAUGCACACGCUGAUGGAUAAAUCGGAAUCCGAUCUCAAGGAUACGUAUGCGCGAUUCUUAGCGCUUGGUUUAGGAUUGUGUUUCCUGGGUAAACAAGAAGCGGCGGAAGCGAUUAUAGCGGCUCUAGAGAUUGUACACGAGCCAUUCAGAUCGAUGUCGACGACGCUGGUGGAGGUGUGCGCAUACGCCGGUACGGGAAAUGUCCUCAAGAUCCAGCACUUGCUGCAUAUUUGCUCGGAACACUACGAAUCAAGUAACGAGAAGGAGGAGAAAAGUGAGCGUAAAGACAAAGACAAAAAGGAAGAGAAGAAGGAGGACAAGGAAAAAGAUCUCAGCUCCAGGCAAGCUAUCGCUGUCCUUGGCAUUGCCCUGAUCGCUAUGGGAGAGGAAAUCGGCGCCGAGAUGGCCUACAGAACCUUUGGGCACCUACUGCGUUAUUGCGAGCCUGUGAUUCGCCGCUCGGUACCACUCGCACUUGGUCUUAUCUCAGUGUCGAAUCCGAAACUUAAUAUCUUGGAUACGCUGUCCAAGUUCUCGCACGACAGCGAUCCUGAAGUAGCGCACAAUGCGAUAUUUGCCAUGGGUUUAGUUGGCGCUGGCACGAAUAACGCGCGAUUAGCCGCUAUGUUGAGACAACUCGCUCAGUUCCAUGCGAAAGAUCCUAAUAACCUCUUCAUGGUGCGCAUCGCGCAAGGCUUGACACAUCUAGGUAAAGGCACGCUCACCCUAUCGCCUUAUCACAGCGAUAGACAGCUGCUCAGCCCUGUUGCUCUUGCUGGUCUUCUAUCAACACUAAUCGGUUUCUUGGAUGUGAAAAACAUUAUUCUCGGACGUUCGCAUUACCUUUUGUACACGCUAGCUGCUGCAAUGCAACCUAGAAUGCUGGUGACAUUCGAUGAAGAUCUAAAUGCAUUGGCUGUGCCAGUUAGAGUUGGUCUUGCCGUCGAUGUUGUCGGCCAAGCAGGCAAACCGAAGACGAUUACGGGCUUUCAAACACACACCACACCAGUAUUAUUGGCAUAUGGUGAGAGAGCAGAACUUGCCACUGAAGAGUAUAUACCAUUAACGCCGAUUAUGGAAGGUUUUGUAAUCUUAAGAAAAAAUCCAGACUUUAUACCUUAGUCAUUGUAAUAUUCUUAUUAUAUUAUCUUAAUGUAUCUUGUACUGAACUACUUAUAAAGCAAAAUAAUGUAAUAAAAUAAAAUUUCAUUAUCCAUUUUGCAAAGAACAUCCUCUACAUAUCUCUCCUUCUGUCAGAAUCAAAAUACGUUUCACAAUAGUUUUGUUAUGUCGCGCAGAAAAAAAAGCAAGGUAAUAAUGUAUGUUUUAUUUAAUAAUAAAAUGCAUAAAUUUUA